AUGCGGCACAUGACGUUCACCGGCGGUGGACGCAUGCUGCUCGAUGAAAGCGAACCACCGCGGCAUCUCUGCAAAGAUGCCAACGGCUUUUUCAGGAUGUCACGCUUCAUCCGCGUCCGGUCCAACUCCCCGGCGCAACCGCGCGAUCUCAGCCUGACCCGCUGGCGACGCUAUCGUCGAUACUGGCGGCUUCGCCGCCGUGCUUGUCGGCAGGGCGCUGCUCUCCUGCAACUUGCGCUGCCAGCGACGCAGCAUCGUUGGCAUGAUCCCCAACCCCGCCACCGCCUCGCGCUUGAACUCCUCCGAACCGACGCUUCGUCGUAUUGCCAUCAUACACCUCCGGCUCCGCAGAGGCUAUCAUCGGUGUCCGUCAAACCGAGGGACGAUCACAUGCCCAGAUCCAGACUUUCGUCGAGCACUACAACCACCAGACGAAGACCGCAAUCCGCUAAGCUACGCCGCGACCAUGGCCCAAAUGUUUCUGACGACGGACAUCUUAUGGCUGACCUUCGCCAGCAAUCCCACGCCCUGCCUGACAAGUGGGGCGCGGAUCGAUCGGUCGAUCUGUUCCGACUUGAAAUUUGGUCAGUUUGCCGUGAUGGUCUUCAGGGCGUCGACCGCUUCCUCUAUGGGGUAAUGAUGAUUGCCGAUGAACAGACCAUUGGCAUCGAUAUGGUCGGCAUUCUUCAGAUCGCCGAAAAUGCUAUGGUCGAAAUAGCGAACCACUUCUUUCCGAGCAAAAAUUGCCGCUGA